AAAAGGCGAAGAAGCCAUUGCUACUGUCUCAUGUUGGUGACGCCGAAGACUGAAAACAUGGAGAGAAAACAUGUGUCGGCCUUUGCAUUGUAUCAGUCCGCUAUUCCCCCUUCGAAUCCCCCAAAUGAGGUUUUGACAGUUAAGAAAAAGAAGAGGAAACUGCAGGAUGGCCUUCCAAUCGUGAAAUCCAAGAAGAUCAGAAAGAAGAGUGCUGCAGUACGGAACGGUUUCCAAACAAAGAAGAAAGAUAAGCAAGAGACGAUCCUGAAUGAUGAAGAACAGCAACCUAGAGAAAUGGCAGGUGACACCACAUCUUUGCACAUCCUUCUAGACAGCCUCACCAAAGUCAAUAACAGCAGAGAAAGGGCAAGCAAGCUGUUUCAGUGGUUUGUCCAUCCAAUACCCUCCAAGAGCUUUUUUAGGGAUACGUGGGAGAAGAAACCUCUGCUGAUCAAACGCCAGACGCGAGAUUACUACAAAGGACUUUUCUCCACAGCAGAAUUUGACAGAAUUCUGAGAGAUGAUAACGUGCAGUUUGGGGUGAACCUUGAUGUCACCAGUUACAUUAAUGGCAAACGAGAGACCCACAACCCUCCUGGGAGGGCAUUGCCCUACACAGUAUGGGAUUUCUAUGAGAGCGGCUGCUCCCUGAGGAUGCUGAACCCCCAGGCCUUCUCCUCCACCGUCUGGAACGUCCUCUCCAUCCUGCAGGAGCUCUUUGGCAGCAUGGCCGGCGCCAACGUGUAUCUGACGCCGGCAGGCACACAGGGCUUCGCUCCGCACUACGAUGACAUUGAGGCCUUUGUGGUCCAGCUGGAGGGCAAGAAGCAUUGGAGAGUGUACAACCCACGGUCUGAGGAUGAGGUGCUGCCAGUGGUAUCUAGUCCCAACUUCAGCCAGGCUGAGAUUGGGAAGCCCAUCCUCGAUGUGGUGCUGGAGGCUGGAGACCUGCUGUACUUCCCCCGAGGGUUCAUCCACCAGGGCGACUGUCUGCCAGAUGCCCACUCCCUCCACGUCACCGUCUCCUCCUACCAGAAGAACAGCUGGGGUGACCUGCUCACCAAGCUUGUUCCAGCAGCUGUGGAGAUUGCAGUGGAGGAGGAUGUGGAAUUCCGUAAAGGUCUCCCCCUGGACUAUCUGUCAUACAUGGGGGUUCAGAAUUCUGAUAAGGAGGAUCCCCGUCGGGCAGAGUUCCUGAGUCAUAUUGGCUCUCUAAUGAAGAAGCUGGUGGCUUAUGCACCUGUGGACGCUGCGGUGGAUCAGAAGGCCAGAGGCUUUUUGCAUGACUGCUUACCACCUCUGCUCACUCCAGCGGAGAAGGCCAGCAGUGUUUAUGGAGCCCCGGCCCGCUGGGAGGACGGUGAGGCGUUGGGCUUGACCGUCCACGUGAGACCUCAGACUAGGAUCCGCCUCAUUCGUGCAGGAAUAGCAAGGUUGUGUAGUGAUGGAGAAGAGGUCUCCCUUUAUCACACAGCAGAAAACUCUCGGGCUUACCACAAAGAGGAGCUCAAGUCCUUUGAAAUAAAACCAGAGCACACAGAUGCCAUGGAGUUCCUGCUUCAUUCGUAUCCCAAGUUUGUCACCGUUUCUAGUUUACCAUGUGAUACGGCAGAAGAAAAGCUGUCAUUGGCAGAUCUGCUGUUUGAGAAGGGAUUGAUACACACGGCGGACCCUCUGAAGGCAGAGUAACCUUUUUGGAUGUUCCCAUCUGAGUUGAUGCACUCAUCGUUCUGCGUUGCUCCGAGAGCAGUUAUCCAGCCAGCGCUCUCUGUGUUCUUGAUAUUCUUUACAUUUGAGCUUUGCUUUGGCGUAAGACAUGUGAAGAUGCUUUUGUACAUUUGAAGAAUGCAAUCAAAAUAAAAUCAGAUCAGUGAAA